AUGUCGUACUUCACCUUCAACUUGUCCGCGAGCACACAAGGGCCACCAAAUGCCAAAAAAGAGCAGUGUACUAGUAGUUCAUCCGAACUUGUAGUGCCACAGUUGGAUCAUGAGUCGUCUACUCUCCCGACAAACUCGCCGGCGACCACACUCUGUGAGCCCGCCCUUUGUGGGCAACCUACACUCAAUCCGGGGGCACCUUGGAUUGGGUUUGAUGGCAGCUUGCUUGUUGAUGGGCCUAUCAACGGCGGUGCCUUGCCAUCCUACGACCAAUCCUCGUUCGGACUUACAACCAACGACGAUUUGAGAUGGAUGUUGAUGGGAAUGAACGACCGCAUUGCCACAUUAGAGCAGGCUGCAGCUACUGGAAACCAAACAGUGGAUCAGUUGGCCAAGAACGUUUGCGACAUGCUUAGUCGCCUUGCAGUGAUUGAAGGCAUGCUUAAGGUCGUAGAGGACCUUAAGCAGAACCUCAGAGACUUUACAAGGGGACUGAUGCCGCACAUUCUUCGCGUAAAUCUGGAGGAAGAUCUUGAGAGGCACGGUCAAUGCGCAUACACAUAA